AUGGUGGUAUUGGGUUCCUCCUUACGUCCUCAUGGAAAUGUUGGGCCUCUUGGUGUUCAUGGGGUCCUGAAGGUGGUGAGGGCAAGAGCAGGCUGGCAGGGUGGGGGGUGUAGGAGGAGGCCGGCAGUAGCUUACUCUUCAGAUGGUGUUUCCAGCAAUCUCCACAGCCGGCUCCUGAUGGAGCAGACUCGGCUGAAGAGGAAGGUGGACAUGCUGAGGCAGGAAAACAAGGAAGUGCAAGAGGAUUGGGCCCUGCUGCAGCACCAGAUGAUGGACCUGCAGCAGAUCUGUGAGGACCAAGAGGAGGAGGCCUGCGACCUCCAGACCCAGGAACUGUCCAAGUGUGCGCACGCCUGUGUGCAACCCUGCACUGAACACCAGCUUGUAGUGAGCAGGAGCGGGAAAGACUGGAGAAGCCCCUGCGGAACGCCAGGAAGCAGAAGCAGCUGGCCUUCCAGGACUGAGCCUUAA